AUGCCUCUUCCACCAGCCCUUCUUGCUCGACUUAAAAAACGUGGUAUUGUUUCCGCCGGUCCACAGGAAGAAGCUGUGGAGGAAGUUUUUGCUGAGAAUUAUGAUGAAGAAAGUGAACCAGUGUUACCAGUAUCGUUUGAUCAGCCUUUUAACGUUAAGAAAUGUUACACGGUCAGUCCUGUACCUAUUAUCGAGAAUGGGGUUUUAAUCCAUGAAUGUGCUGAGUGCCCUAGUCAAGCUAAUCCGUAUCAUGUUUGUUCACCAUAUUGUUAUGAACGAUACGGGCGAAGAAAGUUCAACCCUGAUCUAACAAACAUUCGUUUGAAAAGCAGAAUGCUACGUCGUUAUCCACUCCCAAGCCAUUGGAUUGAAGUUGGUGAUCCAGUGACUGGAAGAUUUUAUUACUGGAAUACUAAAACAGAUGAUGUAUGCUGGUUGUCUCCGUUACAUCCGCGUGCUAAAAUCAGUCAACCUGGUAGUAUUGUUCGGGCCAAUACGUUACGUGAACGUGACGCAGCUCGAGCUGCAGCUGAAGCUGCUACUGCUGCAGUUUUAGCAGCAGAACGAAAAGAUUCACGGCGUAGAUCUAGUGAUUCCGGCAGUAAUCGAUCAGGCAGCGAGAGUGAAGAUAAUGAUUCUGAUGAAAUAAAAGAAUCUAAACGAUCUAGACGUGAAACAUCUAGAUCUCCUGAACAUGAUACUAAUAGAGCCUUGUUUAGACGAAAUAAUUCAUCUCGCUGGCAGGAUGCUGAAUCAGAAAAUAAUCACCAGAGAAGUGUAUCCAAUGAUUAUAAUGAUUUCAACCAAUCAACUAACGAACAUGAGGCUGUAACACAAAAACUAUCUGAUACAGCUAAUUUUAACGAGUACAAUCAAUUAGAGGAUGAAGUUGAUGAAGAUGAAGAAUCACCCGAUGGAGUUCCUUUAACUGAAAAUUAUUAUAACAACAGUCAUAACCAAAAUAUUGAAAUGGAAUCUAACUUACAAAACUCUAGAGAUGAGUAUCCACCACCUCCUACAUUUCCUCCUCCUCCCCCUCCCCCACCACCACCAGCUCAUCUAAUCUAUCCUCCAACCCAAUGGAACCGACCAUCUGAAUCAUCUUCAUUGUUUCCAUCACAAGUUAAAAAUCACUCUGAUGAUCACGCUAGUGGUACUACUACACGCGGUUGGAAUCAACCAGCAGAGACAUCUGAUAAUAAUCGUUUUAGAUAUAGAGAUAGGGAUAGGAAACGUCGCGCAGCAACUCUCGGACCCUUAGACCCAAUGGAUCCAGCGUCUUAUGGUGAUAUACCACGUGGAACAUGGAGUUCAGGCUUAGAAGGGGUUACUGGAGCACCAUCGGCUAAGACAGGUGUAGAUAGCACUGCAUCGGGACCAUUAUUUCAACAACGUCCAUACCCUAAUCCUGGUGAUGUUUUACGUGCAAAUGCUGCAGCUAAAGUCCAUGAAGAGGAAAGGACAGCUGUGUUUAUCCAAAUAACGUGUACAUAA